AUAUAACUUUUGCGUUUGUUUUACGCUUCAAUAAAAUUACAUACGAAAAAAAAAAUUAAAUAAAAAAAAGAUGAAUUAUUAUUACAAUAACAACGAUCGCUAUGUUUCGUAUCCCUGUGUACGAGCUUUACUAAUGCUCUUUAACAUUGCAUUUUGGAUAUCUGGUUUAUCGUUGAUAUGGAUUGGUAUUUGGAUGCAAACAGAUUUUCAAAAUUAUCUACAAAUCAAUUCAGCCUAUUCGGAUCAAGCCCCCUACGUUUUGCUGAUAAUCGGCGCUAUAAUAGUGUUUGUAAGCUCACUGGCUUGCUCUUGCAUUGUCAAAGUACAAUCGUCAAUGUUAGUUGUUUACGGUGGAUUUUUGAUAACAAUGCUAUUUUCGCUAAUUUCGUUAUCUGUCUAUGUCUACACUUAUAAAGAUGAAUUAUUGAAUGGCGUCUCGAGCGGCAUAAGCAAUCAAAUCGAAAAUUAUGAUCAUCAACAUCCAACGAAUUCUGCAAACAUAAUGGAUUUCAUUCAAAGAAGUUUACAAUGUUGCGGCAAUGAAAGUUUUCUUGACUGGCCUCAGAACUCUGUACCAUCCUCAUGUUUCCGAUCACAAAGAUCGAGUGUUCACAAAACAACGACAGAUGCCAAUAAUGUAUAUGAAAUUGGUUGUUUAUAUAAAUUGAGAAAUUUAAUCAACACUAAUUUUACCACAGUGGGCGUGGCGACAUCCGCGAUUGCUCUAUUUCCUCUGUUCGGUUCUAUUUUAUCGCUCGGUCUGUCAAUGAUGUACAAAAAAGGCGGAUACGAAAUUAUUAUAUAAAAAUAAACAUAAUUUUAUUAAAACACAA